CCUCACUCUCUUGCUUCGGCAAAGUAAAGCGCACCCGGGCACGUAUGAGACUCACUCCAACUACAGUGUGGAUUGGUUCGACACUCUACAAGCCCAGUGACUUUUGAGGUCAUACUGUUGUCAGGCGUCCGGUUGAAUAUCUAUUAAAACCCAUUCUAAACUACCGUACUUAUCUAUUUGGUGAACGAAACAGGUAACGGUCAUGCCUGACAACAACGCUCUCGUCAAGAAUGCCGACAUGAGUGAGGAGAUGCAACAAGACGCUGUUGAAUUGUGCCAUGAGGCGAUGAAGAAAUACUCGAUGGAGAAGGAUAUUGCAGCAUACAUCAAGAAGGGGUUUGAUAGAAUGCAUAAGCCUACUUGGCACUGUAUAGUAGGAAAACAUUUUGGCAGUUACGUAACACACGAAACAAGUCACUUCAUAUAUUUCUACAUGAAUAACUAUGCCAUCCAGCUCUUCAAAGCCGGUUAGACUUGUGCAUUGUUCCAACUUACAUUUAUAAAUACAAUCUUUACGUACCA